AAAAAGAAAGAAUAUUUUCCUUUUGUGUGGAGCAGAACAAAAAAAGCUAUCACUUUGUCUCUUUCUCUCCACCUUGAUCUCAUCUCUACAUUAAAUUUGUUGAUCUUCUCUGUUCUCUGAGUCCACAAACUGAUUGAGGAGUCAGCUUUUGAAGUUCUCUCUCUCUUUUUUCCCCUUUUUAUGGAUACCUUUUCUGUUCAUGAGGAAAUCAAAGAGGAAGGGGAGUACGAGAAGGAAAGAUAGAAAAGUAUUCUUUUAAGUUCUGUAUAUCCCAAUAAGCAGAAUUGAAGGGAAUAAUUGUAUAUUCCAUUGUUUUCUGCAUAUAUUUGUUAUCUCUGUUCCGAUAUCUGCUUCUGCCGAUUUGAAGAAUAAUUACGAUGUCGAUAAUCAGUGAGUCAAUAACGAUGAAAGCGGCAGAGGCACAAACAGUUAAAGCAGCAAAACUUACAGCGCAAAUCGAGGUGGAUUUUGCGAAAUGCGACUGUUGCGGAUUGACAGAGGAAUGCACUCUGUCAUAUAUAGAAACAAUCCGGCAGCGGUACCAAGGGAAGUGGAUUUGCGGAUUGUGUGCGGAGGCAAUCAAAGACGAGGUCAUGCGAUGCGAGAGGCUGAUCAGUGCGGAAGAAGCGUUGAAUCGUCACCUCAACUUUUGUAAGAAGUUCAGUUCAUCUACUCCGCCUUUGAAUUCAACUGUUCACUUAAUUGCUGCAAUGAGACAGAUUCUAAAGAGGAGUUUGGAGUCUCCGAAAUUGCUAAGGUCGAUGUCCAGUAGUCCAGCGGAAAACAGCAGUGAGAUGAAGCACGCGGUGUUACCUCGAUCUGGAAGUUGUAUUCCUACAAUUUCUUUGGUUGAUUCGAGCUCGUUUCAUGCUAUGGGAUUGGAUGGAGGUUGUGAAUGAAAAGUAGAAUUUGAGGUGAAAAAUGGAAAAAUUGAAGGUUUCAUGAAAACUCAGGCCAUGGGAAAAAAUUACUCAAGUAACGCUUAAUUAUGCUCCCAAGUGUAAACACAACAGAACAGUUGGCAGUUUUAUUAUGGAAUGGAAUACUACUUGCUCUAAAUUUGCUGUUUUCAAUUUAAACCUUUAUUCACCCAGUAGAUGUUACUACAAAUUUGAUUAGCUCUUAGUUUAUCUCGUGUAUAUGCAUAUGCAAAAGCCAUCUUUUAGCUGAAAAGCUUUAAUAUUCCCUCU